AUGUCCAAUAGUCUCCACCAACCAAACACAGAUAACAUUGAUAAUAGCAAAGUAUUAGAGCAAGAUAUCGCUGCAAAUGAAGAUAAUAUUACCUUUCAAGAAAGUGCUAACAUUCGAAACCUUGUCGGGUGUAUAAUCAUCGAUCCAAAAACAAAAUACUUUAUGUUAAUAUCUACCAAUAAACAAAAGAAGCCGUGGGUCAUUCCAAAAUCGAGGUGGUAUGAUGGAGACGAUAUCAAGGAUAUAGUUAAAACGACAACUUGGGAAGAAGCUGGUGUGCUGGGGACUGUACGGCGGCGUGUAGGAAAAUUUAUAGAAAGGAAGAAUACUACCGUACAAGCAUAUCACUUGAUGUACGAAAUCGAAUCUAACGAGGUGUUCGAUAUUUACCCACAAUCAAAAGGACGCGUUAGACGAUGGUUUAAUUAUCAAGAAGCAGUGAUGAUUGUGAAAGAUAAGCAUAUCAGGGAUGCGUUAAGAAUGUCUAGUGUGAGUCCACCUAUACUUGCAUUUCAAACGUCCAAAAAACUUGAAAUCCAGAAAGAAGAAGCCGUGAAGAAGAAGAGGGAUAACAAAAGAAAAAAAAUGCGAGAAAAGCUUGGUUAUAGCGUGAGUGAAGAAAUCUCAGUGCCUGGAAGCUCGGGGAUCAAGAUAAAUGAAGAUGCAUCAACAUCAAAGAGUGGAUUGAAAAACAGUACAGACAGUGAAGAGAACUAUAUUGGAACGAGUUCGAGAAACGAAUGUUCGCUUAAUGAUGUGCACACAGUGCCACUUGAUGGAUUACCUUCAACUUCAAAGACACAAAAUACGACUGGUAUUUCUGAAUCAGGAUUUUCAGCUGAGGCACAACCUAUUUCUGCCCAAAGUAGUAUCUCAAAGAAAAGCCAACAGUCAGAAAAAAGCAACACUUUUACAGAGGGUCAAUUGUCCCAAUCAACUGGAAAGACAAGUCAGGAAGAUACAACAAGUAUAAAUAGGAGAAGAUCAUGGGCCAAGUUCAUUCCAAUGUAUAACUCUAAGAAUAAAAAGCGUGCCCAACCUGAAGACCUUGCGACGAAGAUGGAAGACUUGAAUUUAGCAAAUCAAUAA